ACCGUGUUCAAUCAUGCAUUCUUCUCAGGCAUUUGGAUUCCAUGGCAACAGACUAUACUAAGUAGUAGUACUGAGUAUUGAAACAUGCCUAGCAAGGCAUUAAGUACUAUGUGUUAAUUCACUGAUUCAAACCCGUGGGAUCGAACAUAUGAAUGCCAGUGGCGCUUUAGCAGAGCGCGUACUUAUUCGCAUUGCAUGGCACUACCCGCUAAGGGUUAACAUCAGGUCUAGCCAAGAAGUCGAAAUCCAGAAUACGACAAAUCGAGUGCGUUGGUUCAGCGCUGGAGGAAGUCCUGUCGAGGACCCUGCAAUAAUUGUGAUCCACGAGGCAUAUGGCGCCACAGUAAUUAGGACCUUCAAUGGCGGACGACGACAGUCUUAUAUUCUUGUACCAAGUCUCCUGAGUGACUUCGAGGACGCACAUAUCUUAAUGUAUCGCAUUUUGAUUCCGACUGCGAAUUCGUUUAGGUGUUAAUUGGAGGCUUGCUUCCGCAGUGAGUUCAGAAGGAACCACAAUGACCAGUGUUCACCAAGACCGCAUAUAUAUAUAUAUCGUACGAUGGACUAAGGAGAACGAGGUCAUCCAUUAAAACUUGCCGAGGGUG